AUGACGGCGGAGACCACGGAGACCGCGAUGCUCAAGGCCAGGCGGUUCGCGGGCAUCCUCAGCUCUGAGUCCUCGGGCGUCAUGGCGACGAUGCGGCAAAACUCGCGAUGGGCGCUCUCGGGCAUGGCCAGCUACGGCUACGGCGAGCCGGAGGAGCCCGCGGACGACCCGAUGCUGGAGGAGUUCAAGGCCAUGCGCCGGCGCCUGUUCACGUGGAGGAACUGGGACGAGGUGUCGCCCAUCGCGUACCUCGCGCCCUUCCUUCAGGUGGUGCGCAGCGUCGAGACCAGCGGGCCAAUCACGGGGAUGGCGCUGUCCGCCGUGCACAAGGUUCUGAAGCACGGGCUCAUCAGCGAGCACAACCCCGACGCCGCGGAGGCCAUGCACUGCAUCGCCGACGCCGUCACGCUGUGCCGGUUCGAGGCGACCGAUCCCGACCACGACGACGUGGUCCUGUCCAAGAUCCUGCACGUGCUGCUCGAGUCCGUGCGGUGCCCGACGGGCGCGCUGCUGUCCGACGACGACGUGUGUAACAUCGUUCAGGCGUGCUACAGGAUCGGGCACCAGAGCGGCAAGGAAUCGGCGCUCCUCCGCAACCUCUCCAGGCACACGCUCCGCGAGAUCGUGCAGAGCGUGUUCAGGCGGCUGCCGCGGCUGAGCGACGCCGUGGAGCACCGAGGGCACCACAUCGACGCCCCCGCGCCCCCGAGGGUUUCGACCGAGGGUGCCGAGGGUGCCGUCGACGGCAACGCGCAGGGUGCCGAGGGUGCCGUCGACGGCAACGCGGAGGAGGCGGAGUCGACGAAUGAGCCGGAGGUGAUCAGCCCGAGGGCAGUCGCCGAGGACGCUACGGAGCUCACGCCGCACGGCGAGCCCUUCGGCCUGGCGUGCGUCCUCGAGAUCUUUCGGUUCGCGUGCUCGUUCAUCUCCCUCGACGACCCGGCGGACGAGAACGCGGAGACGAUGUGCGCCUUUGGGCUGCAGCUGGUGCUCUCCUCGCUGGAAACCGCGGGGGACGAUUUCGCGAGACACCCCGCGCUGCUGACGCUGGUGCAGGACGACCUGUCCCGCGCGGUGCUCGCGGUGGCGCCCGCGGGUAACCCGCCGGUGCUCGCCGCGACCGCCGCGACGGUGCUGCAGAUGUACAUGGUGAUGCACCACGACCUCAAGCUCCAGCUCGAGGCGUUUUUGAGGGUGGUGCUGCUGCCGCUGGCGGAGGGGCCGGGGCUCUCGAGGGCGCCCGGGGCCAAGGCGGACGCGAGCGACACCUCGGCGGAGUCGCAGAGGAUCGCGCUGGAGUGCAUAGUCGACCUGUGCCGCCAACCCGAGUUUGUCCCGGAUCUGUACGUCAAUUACGACUGCGAUCUCGAGAGGCCGAACCUCUUUGAGGAGGUUUGCGCGCUCCUGUCGAGGAGCGCGUUUCCCGGGGAGGGCCGGGCGCUGGGCCAGACCAACCUGCUGUGCCUCGAGGGCCUGCUCGCGAUCGUCGCCGGGAUCGCGGAUAGAAGCGCGGACGCCCCGCCCGUCGACGGCUUCCUCGUCGACGGCGAGGUGGACUUCACCGCGCCGUCUUCCGGGGGCGUGUCCGACGAGUCCGACCCGAGGGAGGUGUGGGCGGCGAUUGACGGAGGGUCGAGCGCGGCGUCGAUGCCCGGCGGCGUGCAGCGCGCGCACAGGCUCAGGCGCAACCGCGACGUCAAACGGCGGCUGAUCUCCUGCGCGGAGCACUUCAACAAAUCCCCGAAGAAGGGAUUGGCGUACAUGCAGGAGAUUGGGUUGCUCCCGGAGCCGCUCGAGGCUAACGCCGUGGCUAGGUUUUUUAAGCACGCGCCGGGCUUGGACAAGGAGACCCUCGGCGAGUACCUCGGAGAUCCGAAGGAUUUCAUGGUGGAGGUGCUCAAGGAGUACUGCGCCACCUUCGACUUCCACGGCGUGACGCUCGAUAAGGCGCUUCGAAGCUUCCUCGACGGCUUCAAGCUCCCCGGCGAGGCGCAGAAGAUUUCCAGAAUUUUGGAAGUUUUCGCCGCGAGGUAUCACGAGGCCAACCCCGGCGCGGUGGCCGACGCCGACAGCGCGUACGUGCUCUCCUACUCCAUCAUCAUGCUCAACACCGACCAGCACAACCCGCAAGUCAAGCGCAAGAUGACUCUGGAGCAGUUCAUCCGCAACAACCGCGGGACAAACGGCGGCGAGGAUUGGCCCAGGGAGACGCUCGAGUACAUCUUCGAAGCCAUCGCCACGGAUGAGAUCAAGCUCGAAUCCACCGACACGUCCCCGGCGCUGUCGCAGUCCAGGUGGAACGACAUCGUGCGGGGGUGCGCCACGGGCAAGGGGCGCAUGAUGACGGCGGUGGCCACCGACGAGGCUUGCAUGUACGACGGCGAACUCUUUGGCAUCGUGUGGAGCCCCACCGUCUCCGCCAUCGCCGUCGUGUUCGACCACCCGGUGGAUGACAGCGUGCUCAAGGAGGCGCUCGACGGGUUCCUCGGCGUGGCGCGCGUCGCGGGGCACCACAGGCUCACCGACGUCAUGGACUCGCUCGUCGGAACCCUCUGCAAGUUCGCCUCGCCGUCCUACGCGAGCUCGGGCGGCGCGCAGGGCGGCGGGGAGAAGAUCAAGCCGUCGGUGCUCUUCGGCAACGACGAUCGCGCCAGAACCGCCGCCGUCACCGCGUUCACGGUGGCUUCCAGGUACGGCGAUAACAUCCGGCACGGGUGGCGGCACAUCCUGGACCUCACGCUGAGGUUGCAUCGCAUGGACCUCCUCUCGGAGAAAGUCUGCGAGUCCCUCGCGCCGGACGAGAGGGACGGCGGGACGAUGCGAACGCUCGACGGCGCCGAGGCUUCCACGUCUUUUCGCCGGCGAGAACGCGAGCGGCUGGCGAAGAAGAACAGCGGGAGCAACUCCAUCCUGCGCGGGUUCUCGCAGCUCCUGUCGCUGGACACGGACAGCUGGGGCGGAAGCGGCGGGGAGGCGCCGCUUGGCGAGGACGAGAAGGAGGCGGAGGCGCGGGCCGUUCGAUGCGUGGACGCGUGCCGCGUCGACGAGGUCUUCGCCGACUCGAAGUUUCUGGAGACGGAUUCGCUCCAGCACAUGGUCCGCGCGCUGGUGACGGCGGCGGGGGGUAAACCGGAGGGGCCCGGGGGUGCCGAGGGGGGUGCCGAGGGGGGUGCCAUCGUCGACGCCCCUCGGGACGUGGACGAGGACGCCGCGGUGUUUUGCCUCGACGUCUUGGUCGGGGUGACGCUUCGCAACCGCGACCGCGUCAGGACGUGCCUGCCGCUCGUGUACGGGUUGCUCAGGCAGCUGGUGCAGACGGCCAAGACCCCGAGCGCGCUGGCGGAGCGCGCCAUCUUCGAGGUUCUCCGGCUCUGCCGCAGGCUGCUGCCGCACAAGGAGGACCUCGCGGAUGAGCUCCUGGAUUCUCUCCGGCUGAUGUUCGCGCUGGAGCCCGCGGUGGCUGACGCGUUCCUCGAGAGGAUCGUUCGGGAGCUCGGUCACCUCGUCGCCGAGUGCGGAGGUCACGUCCGGGGCGCGAAGGGGUGGGAGACGGUGUGCAAGCUGCUGAUGGCGAGCGCGAGGCACCCGGACGCGGCGGCGCACGGCUUCGCCGCGCUCCGCGCCAUCGUCGAGGGCGCGCCGACGGAUGACGGAUCCUCCGCCAAACCCGCAGUUGUCGCCGAGAAGACGUCAACCGCCGCCGCCGACGCCAACGGCAACGGGCACCACGCCGACGAUGACGACGACGACGCCCGCACCCCGUCGACACCCGGCACCGCGCACGGCGGCGCGCACCACCUGCGCCCGUGGAACAUCCGCGCGUGCGUCGAGGCUGUCGGCGCCUUUAUCGACGCGCACGAGGGGGGCGACGACCGAUCCGUCGCGGCGGUGGGUUUGAUCUCCUCCGCGACGGCGGCGACGGAGCGGUGGUGCUCCGGAAACGCGGACGGCGGCGCGAUGGCCGUCGCCGCCGCGCGCGUAAUGCGUUGGCCGAACCACCCGUCCGCGGGUAACUCCCCCGUCGAGGCGAUCAACGCGCUGCGCGCCGAGACGAUCGCGGGCGCGUGGACGGAUUGCGUGUCGAAGCUCGUCGCCGUCGCGCGCGAGGAGACGCGGGCGGCGGUGAGGGACGACGCCAUCCUGACGUUGCAGCGCGUGUUGCUCGCGUCGGACGGGCUCAACGCGCCGGCGACGCACUGGGUGCGCGUGUGUUCCGGGGUGUUGAUGCCGUUGCUCGAGGCUAUGGGCGAACGGACGCGAGCCGCGCCCCGGGGCGACGCCAAGGCGAGCGCCGAGCGAACCGCUCGGCUGGGCGUCUCGUGCGUCGCGAAGGCUUUCCUGCAGUACCUGCCGGCGAUGUUAACCGCGGCGACGCCGGCGCAGUUCGCGGCGGCGUGGACCGAGGUGCUGGAUCGCAACGCGGAGGUGCUCAAGCACGCGCGGAGCGAGGAGCUGCGGGAGGCGGUUCCCGAGGCUGUGAAGAACAUGCUGCUGGUUAUGAGCGCGCAGGGGGUGCUGGCGCCUGGCGCGCCCGAGGGUAUCUGGGAGACGACGUGGAAGAAGGCGGCGGCGAUCGACGCGGGUCUCACGCCGGCGAUCGUCGGCGCCAAGUAGGCGCGAUUUAAUCGAAUUCAGAACGCGUCAGCGAGCGCAGAGCGCGACGUGGGCGCCAG